AUGCCACUCCCAUACAUUCCUGUGGAAUCUUGCUUCUUCCCAAAUUUCAUGAUUCUGGGUCAACGGGAUUCACCUCACCAGUCGUCGCUCCGGCAGCGUGCAGAGAUGUCGUGGGCACGCCCGGAGUUCAGAGGAUCGCUGAGCAGAGCAAUGGGUGUGGCGGAUCGCCGUUCGGCUGAGCCCGCUCGGUCGACGGCCCCAUCCGGCCCCCCAGAUAUGACGACUGCAGAUGUUGGCGUGGCAGACCGCCGUCCGGAGGAGCGUGCUCCCCCGGCGGCCCCGUCUGACCCGCCGCCUACGACGACUCGGCCACCGAACACGGACCUCGAGUCAGAAGAAGAUGACGAUGUCAUCAUCAACAUGGCAGACUUCCCGCCCACGACGAACGAGCAAAGGACGGCAGCCAGCGCACCGCAUCUCCCAGAUGGCGGGCGGCGCAAACGGCCGAUGUCCGCGGCUCAACUCGGCGCCAGAAAGGCGGCUAAGAAGAAGAGGCAGCCUACUGUCUCUGCCACAGGAGGCAGAAGACGCGCCAUCCGUGAUGACAGCGUGGCAGGCGCCACCUGGACGACCGUUUCAUCCCGACGGGCGGCCAGACCCAGGGCGACGCCUUCCCCGCCUCCCACAUCGACUGCAAGCCGCUUCGGCGUGCUCGCAGACGACGAGAGGCCGGAGCAGUCAACGUCCUCGCAGACGGCGCCCACGACCGCUGCACACGAUGGCUGCUCGGACGAUGAAGGAGAGACGGCCCCCACCACUGGGCGGUCUCAUCGACGGCCGCCGCCGAGUCUUUGA